AUGCACGGAGGCAAUCAGUUGACAUUGUAUACUUUACGACAAGGAUUCUGGAUUAUCGGAGGUCGGAAUCUUGUAAAGAGUAUCAUUUGUCGAUGUGUGAAUUGUAUUCGCGAACGUGCCGCAGUAGCUGCUUUCAAAUUCGUUUCGCUCCAGGUAGAGGUCAUAAAACUUACAAAGGGUAUGUCGCUCUUUUUGUUCCUGGCUGCUUAUCAGCGUUUCGUAUCUCGUCGCGGUAUGCCUGCUCAUCUGUAUAGCGAUAAUGGCACGACCUUCCAGGAUGCUGAUCGAGAGCUAAGGCAGAAUCUAACACAAUUAAGGCGAGAUUCGGAUUUACUUAAUAAUUUAACAACUGAGGGCAUUUUUUGGCAUUUUAUCCCUCCUGCGGUUCCUAAUUUUGGAGGUACAUGGGAAGCAGGUGUCAAAAGUUUAAAGCAUCAUUUACGUAGAUGUGUAGGUGCUUACACUCUGACCUUUGAAGAGUUCACGACUACACUCACUAGAAUUGAGGCGUGCCUUAACUCUCGUCCUAUUGGUCCACAUUCCGACGAACCCGAUGAUUUUUCCUAUCUCACACCAGGUCAUUUUUUAAUAGGAGCUCCUCUUACGAGUCCUCCGGAACCCUCUGUCGAGUUGGUUCCAGAAAAUAGAUUAACUCGCUGGCAAAUUGUACAACGCAUAACUGAAAUGUUUUGGCGAAGGUGGAACGUGGAAUAUUUACAUUCUUUACAAUAA